GAGAGACCGAAGAGAGAGAGAGACCGAGAGAGAGAGAGAGACCGAGAGAGAGAAGAGAGUGACGAGAGAGAGAGAGAGAGAGAGAGACCGAGAGAGAGAGAGAGACCGAGAGAGAUCCGAGAGAGAGACCGAGAGAGGAAGACCAGGAGAGAGAGAGAGAGACCGAGAGAGAAAUAUAGAAGAAAGAGAGAGAGAGAGAGAGAGAGAGAGACAGACCGAGAGAGUGAGAGAGAGAGAGAGACAGACCGAGAGAGAGAGAGAGAGAGAGAGACCACCGACCGAGAGAGAGACACACAGACCGAGAGAGAGAGAGAGAGAGAGACCGAGAGAGAGACACCAGACAGAGAGAGAGACAGAGAGAGAGAGAGACCGAGAGAGAGAGAGAGACCGAGAGAGAGAGAGAGAGACCGAGAGAGAGAGAGAGAGACCGAGAGAGAGAGAGAGAGACCGAGAGAGAGAGAGAGAGACCGAGAGAGAGAGAGACCGAGAGAGAGAGAGAGACCGAGAGAGAGACAGAGACAGAGACAGAGACCGAGAGAGAGACAGAGACAGAGACCGAGACCGAGAGAGAGAGACAGACACAGAGACCGAGAGAGAGAGAGAGACAGAGACCGAGAGAGAGAGAGAGACCGAGAGAGAGAGAGAGACCGAGAGAGAGAGAGAGACCAAGAGAGAGAGAGAGACAGAGAGAGAGAGAGAGACGGAGACCGAGAGAGAGAGAGACCGAGAGAG